AUGUCUCCUCAAACCACUAUCGCAGACUUGGAAGCUCGUGUCGCCACAGCUGAGCGUCUUGCCCAGCGUGCCCACGACCGCGGCGCUGUGGAGAAUCUUUUCAGCAAGUACAUGCAUCUUCACAAUGUCUUCCAGGAUGAGCAGAUCAAGCCUCUUUGGGUCUCUCGAGGAACGCCUGGUAUUCACGCCCAGUACACCAACGUCGGCGUUUAUACCGAUUAUGACAGUGUCAUGGCGUACCAUACGGGCCGUCCAUCGCCAAAAGGCAAGCUGAUCCUACACGAGACCACGACUCCUCUCAUCGAGGUUGCCGAGGAUGGACAAACUGCCCAGGGGUUCUGGUUGAUGGCCGGUGUCGAAUCCGGGUUGUCAGACCCGAAGAACGUCGGUGCCAUGCCCGAGGACUUGUAUGAGCCUCAAGACAAGAACGUCAGCGACAGACGUGUCUGGGCUCACUGGGUCUGGUGCCAGUACGGCCUUGACUUUCUGAAGCAAGAUGGCGAGUGGAAGAUUUGGCACUUCAGGUGUCUUGAGGUUGCACGAGCUCCUUACAGUGAGAACUGGAUCACCUUCGCCUCGAAGAACCAAGUUGCGUUUGAGAAGGAUCUUGCGUACUUUGGAGAUGACGGCAGAGCAGUCUUCAUGCCAACGCCAGACCAGCCGGCGGAGAAGAAAGCCGACAUUUACGGACCGGACCGUAGCCGCAAGCUGGACGUUCCUCUACCACGACCAUAUAAGACGUUCAGUGAAGUUGAGGAGUAUUGA